CGCCGUCGGCGGAGCGGGCGCGCGCGCCGGGGGUCGCGCGGCUGCUGAGAAGGCCGAGCACGCGCGGAGGGAGUGGAGGCGUAGGGUGGUGGGAGUACGGCUUGCUCGCUCGCAAGAUGGCGGAUGAGGACGGGGAAGGGAUUCACCCCUCAGCCCCUCACAGGAACGGAGGUGGCGGCGGCGGCGGCGGUGGGGGGUCUGGGCUCCACUGCGCCGGGAACGGCGGCGGGGGAGGCGGCGGCCCGCGGGUUGUGCGCAUCGUCAAGUCCGAGUCCGGCUACGGCUUCAACGUGCGGGGCCAAGUGAGCGAGGGCGGGCAACUGCGGAGCAUCAACGGGGAGCUGUACGCGCCGCUGCAGCAUGUGAGCGCCGUGCUGCCCGGGGGGGCGGCCGACCGGGCCGGGGUGCGCAAGGGGGACCGCAUUCUGGAGGUGAACGGCGUGAAUGUUGAGGGGGCGACACACAAGCAGGUGGUGGACCUGAUCCGAGCAGGCGAGAAGGAAUUGAUCUUGACAGUGUUAUCUGUACCUCCUCAUGAGGCAGAUAACCUAGAUCCCAGUGACGACUCGUUGGGACAGUCAUUUUAUGAUUACACAGAAAAGCAAGCAGUGCCCAUAUCGGUCCCCACAUACAAACAUGUGGAGCAGAAUGGUGAGAAGUUUGUGGUAUACAAUGUUUACAUGGCAGGGAGGCAGUUGUGUUCUAAGCGGUACCGGGAAUUUGCCAUCCUACACCAGAACCUGAAGAGAGAGUUUGCCAACUUUACAUUUCCCCGACUUCCAGGGAAGUGGCCAUUCUCUUUAUCAGAACAGCAAUUAGAUGCCCGACGUCGGGGGUUGGAAGAAUAUCUAGAAAAAGUGUGCUCAAUACGAGUCAUUGGUGAGAGUGACAUCAUGCAGGAAUUCCUAUCAGAAUCAGAUGAGAACUACAAUGGUGUGUCUGACGUAGAGCUGAGAGUAGCAUUACCAGAUGGAACCACAGUUACAGUCAGGGUUAAAAAGAACAGUACUACAGACCAAGUAUAUCAGGCUAUUGCAGCAAAGGUUGGCAUGGACAGUACGACAGUGAAUUAUUUUGCCUUAUUUGAAGUGAUCAAUCAUUCCUUUGUACGUAAGCUGGCACCUAAUGAAUUUCCUCAUAAACUAUACGUCCAGAAUUACACAUCAGCUGUGCCAGGCACCUGCCUAACCAUUCGAAAGUGGCUUUUUACGACAGAAGAAGAAAUCCUCUUAAAUGACAAUGACCUUGCUGUUACCUACUUCUUUCAUCAGGCUGUUGAUGAUGUGAAAAAAGGUUACAUCAAAGCAGAGGAAAAAUCCUACCAAUUACAGAAGCUGUAUGAACAAAGGAAAAUGGUCAUGUACCUCAACAUGCUAAGGACUUGUGAGGGCUACAAUGAAAUCAUCUUCCCCCACUGUGCCUGCGACUCCAGGAGAAAGGGGCAUGUUAUCACAGCCAUCAGCAUCACGCACUUUAAACUGCAUGCCUGCACUGAAGAAGGACAGCUGGAGAACCAGGUAAUAGCAUUUGAAUGGGAUGAGAUGCAACGAUGGGAUACAGAUGAAGAAGGAAUGGCCUUCUGUUUUGAAUAUGCUCGAGGAGAGAAGAAGCCUCGAUGGGUUAAAAUCUUCACACCAUAUUUCAAUUACAUGCAUGAAUGCUUCGAGAGGGUGUUCUGCGAGCUCAAGUGGAGAAAAGAGAACAUUUUCCAGAUGGCGAGGUCACAGCAGAGAGAUGUGGCCACCUAGCCUUUCGUUACCCUCUUCCCUUCUCUUCACCCUCAUCCUCUUAUCCCUUUCGUCUCCCAUGUCAGACAGAGUAACCAUUAACACGAAAGAAGAGAAAAAGGAAAAAAGUCAUUAUAUUCAAAAGCCCUAAACUAAAUAUUAUUAAUAAUGCCUCUGAAUUUCAUAUCUCUGGAAUUGAGCUGGUAGAGAACAACAGAUGGGUCAGCACCAGGAGUCAACUGAGUUAAGACAGGAAAAGAAGUAAGCCCAACCAACUCGCCAAAGGUAUCUUUGUCUUUUCAACUGGGCCUCAUACCAACAGACUCUCCUUGUACUAUAUUUUUAGAACUGGAACUAUGAACUCCAUCCAUUUGCACUGUUCAGGCAUAUAUAUGUAUGUAUGUAAAAAUUAUAUAUACACAAAUCAGCUGCACGUAUAUACAUAUAUAUAUUUCUUUUUAAAUUUCAUAUUGAUGGCAGUACCUUUUUUAGCUUGUGUUUUUACACACCUUUCACUAGAAUUCAUGACUUCUCUCUUGCUCUCUUUAUUUUGAAACAAACUUUAAAAAGGAAAAAAAAAAUUUACAGGGAAAAAUACCUCUCCUCAUGAAGGACUCGAAAAGUUUACAACCUGCUUGGGUUUUUCCCCCCUUUUUUGUAUUGAAUGAAGAUUCUGGAUCAUGGGUUGCCAUAGAGUCUGAGGAGCAAGGAGCAUAGUUUCUUUAUCUUCCAAGAGGCUGCUGGGGAGGAGAAAGAGGUGUUUCUCAAGGGCAGCAAGGCUGCAGAUUUGCAGCGAGAGUCUAAAGACUUGGUGUGGUCUCUCUUGAUUCCAAGACAACUUUCCUGGUCCAUCUCUGUCUCUUCCACUCAUGGCUUUUAGCCACAUUCCACAUCUUCCUGCUUCCCGAGGGCCCCCUGUAUGCUUUCCCUCAACAGGCCUAGAAUGAAGGGGAGGGCGGGCUCAGGAGGUUGACGCCACAGACACCUGAAACACUUAGUGGUCAUGAUUUCCCAUUUCCCUGCUCUUUCUGAAGCAGGGAUGGUACUUGGGACCAGAGUUAAAGCUGAUACCUUUAGGCACAAAGAUUGGACUUAAGUAGGGGGAAGGAAAGAAGAAAGUCCCUAUGAAUAUAAGCUUGUCCCUACUCCAUUGCUGACCAAUAACCACCCAUAACUAUUACAUUCUCUGUGACUUCCUUAAACGCCCAUGUUGGGGAAGGAUCUGACAGCAUCCCCAAGGCCUUGGGGAAACUUGGAAGGGUCGGUGGCCCGUGCCGGGCAAACCAUACCCCGUCCAAGCCAGCUGAGGACCCAGGAAGGAGCAGUAGUAAUAUGGGUGAUUUGGGUUGGAUCUCAGCUUUGAAUUAAAAGGAACCUGAAGGAAAAUCUUUUUGUCCCUCAAAGAGCUCCUCAUCUGAUCUUGCAGUUAGACCUUUUGAGACCUGAGAGCUACAUCCCAGGAUCUGGGGCCAGGGCUGACUGGGGUAGAGCAACAUUCUCAACCCCCAGCCUCCAAGGGUACUGCAUUGGGAGCUCUGAUGCAGUCAGGCUCCGAUGCCCCUGAAACAUUUUUGAGCCUUCUUUACUUUUUUCCUUCUCUACCUUCUAAACAGAAACCUCCAUAGAAUGGCAUCUUUGCUUUGUCUAACUGGGAGGCAGCCAUAGUUGGUUGUAGUCAACUCCACUGAGCAGUGUUGGGGUGGCUUGAAGCUUCUGUUUUUGUAACUUGUUUUUGCAGAUUGUUGUGAGGCCACUUUGCUUUCCGUCUCACUCUGUUGUCUUGGCAGGCGCUUGCCCCAGGGGGUGUGGGAUCGUAUAGGACAUCCUAUCUUUCCUCACCUUCUCCAAACCCAGGUGGAAUCACAGAGUGCAAAAUGUAAGAAAGCUGAAUGUUUAAAAUUGCAGAGAGUGAUCCCUGAUUUGGAGGCUUUGGCACAGAAUUAACUUCUUCUGGCUUAAAUGAAUUUAAUAAUGAGCCAAAGGACCCUGGAAAGAAGGUAUGUUGAUUGCCCACUCCAAGAUGCUGAAGAGGCUUUUGGCACCAGCUUUGUUCAAACUUUAAAAAUAGCAGUUUGCCCCUAUUCCUUCAGAGUGGGAGAGGAAUGAACAAAUCUGGGAGUCCGUGGGAAGCUCAGAUGCUGACCUGUGAUGUGAGAGUAGCGGGGAUGCCUUUAGCAUGCAUAGACGCUGCUCCUGUGUCGUUCUGACCUGGCACUCACUUGGUGCUUGGAGAUUGGGUGAGGGCCCUGUAGGUAGUUAGCCUGUUUAGCCCCUGCUUGAGGCUGUACCACUAACAAAGCCCCAGCUACAGUGAGAAGGGGAAAGCAGGGAAGCCCUGGAGGACAGCGCCUUCUUCUCUCCCACCCACAGCAGCGUCCUGCAAUGGAGGCAGAGGUCGCUGUGGCUGUACAGCUCCAUCCAGUCAAGCUCUUCUUUGCACGAAGCAGUGUUAGUGUGAUACCCUUUCCCCCUUGCUCUGCACUUCCUUUCUUGAAUCCCUACCACCUUUCUCAGUCCAGGGUUCUGCCCAGGGAGUCUUCUGCUCAGUCUCUUUUUGCAGUUUGUCUCCGGGAAAUAGAGAGGCUCCCCUUUCCCCCUGCUUUGCCCCAGCAGAGCCAGCAGGAUCUCCCUGGUCUCUUGUUGUCCUCCCUUCCCAACAGAGAGUUUCUAUCCAUAAAAACUCAGAGUUUUUAUGGAUCAGGAGAAAAUGCAGGCCCUGAGACACCUAUCCCUGCAGAAGGGGUUCCCUUGGGCCAUACUUUGGGUUUUCUGCUCCUUAUAUUUUUAUUUUACUCUCCAUUUUUCUGCCCUCCCCUUGCCCUAGGUCUAAGCUCAGCACAGGCGAGUGCUCGGGGCAGCUCCUAGGCCUGGACAGCUCUCAGGGAGGAAUUAGAGAAAUGUUCAGCAUCCCCGUGCCUGGCCCAUCCAGUUUCAUCCUUUAGUUACGCAGGCCAGUAGCUUUGGGUUAUCCCUUCUUACAUCUCCAAACCCAGUGCUUGGAGCAGCAGCUCUAACAGGAGGUGAUACCUCUCUCUUUCAUUUCAGAAUUUGCCAGCUUAGGGGCCUGGCUCUUGAAGGCAGUUUUCUUAAAGGGGACUGCAUCCUGGGUGACCCGAAGUCUCCAGACCUAGAGGGACAACUGUGCCCUCCCUUCUCUGCUUCAUGUUCUCUGGCUGGAUUGAUUCAGCGGUAGAAACCAUUUGGUCUUUUGCACCCCAGCAUACCGCUAGGUUCCUUCCAGAGUCACUGUGUCACAUUAGCUUCCUUUUGGAGGGAGGGUGAUGUGGGUAAAUACUCAGAUAGCAGAGGCAGUGGGUGUGCAUCUUUAGUUCCCCAUCUUCCAGUUUCACCUCCUGCCCUUCUCUUGCCCUAAACCUGAGCACAUCAUGCCAGGCCUCACUCAUACAGGAUGGUGUCAGCUUACUCCUCAGCAGUAAUCUAGGGUGUGUGGGAAGCUUAAGGCUCUGGGGAAGAACAGAAUCAAAGAGGGGAUGAUGUGGGUGGAGGCACUGGCCAACUAACUGCUAAACUUGGACACCAGUUUUAUAUCACAUCCCCCUUUGUAAGCCAGUGAGCAGGGCUUCAGUUUUCCCCAGACCAUGCACACUUUUAAUUUAUUUGAGAGAAACUCUAAUUGUAUUUUCACUGCAGUAUCUUGUAUUUUUUAUUUGUGAUUUAAGAAAUGUGAAGAGAAAAUACACAGACACAUAAUGGCUAACAGUGUUUCUUUCAUUCCUUGUUCUAGAGCUAACCACUCUAAAAUUGUUUGGUAAUGUCACUUAGUGUAAUUAAUUGUAACAUAUUCUUUUAAAUAAAUUGAUUUAUUGAUGAAACUAUU